AUACUCUCACACACUUAUUAUGUAUCAAUUUAUCUCAUUAGUGACUCUCUUUUUCAAACUCCAGUGCACCUGGUGUCACUGCAAGAUUUGCGCCCAGUUUUAAAUACUUUAUGUUCUGGGGAACCAAUGAUUAGUCUUGCUCAAGAAGAUGUACAGCAGCUUCUAGAAGAACUAUUCCAGAGCAUUUCACAUGAACUUCCUGGUCAGGCAGUACCUGAAGCCACAGAUCAAACCUCCAGACUUCUCUUUAAACUGUUUGACAGAGAGAAAACCAGUGUUAUUCUGCUCAGGUCAGUGGAGGCCGCGCUGAUCGCCCUCUGUGGAGACACUCUCUCAGCUAAACAGAGGGCUCUGUUCCGACUGGCUGAGAGCUACAGUGGGAAUCAGGAGAGCGACGGCGGCUCCAUCAGUCGAAGUGCUCUCAGAGUCCUGCUGGAAGACCUCAGCCAGGUUCCAGCAGUGGUUCAAGAAAACCAUGUGUUUGGUCAUGCGGAAACUGCAGUGUCCUCCUGCUUCAAUAUGCGGGAUCUGCAGAGAGAUAAAUGGCUCCUGGAGAAAGAGUUUCAGGUGUGGAGAGUUGCAGCGCAGUCAGAGCAUGAUUCACUGGAGGACAAAUGCACUGAGCUGAAGACCAUGAUGGAGGCGCUGAACCAAAAUAACCAGCAUCUGGAAGACGAACUGGACAGAGUCAGACAUGUGAGAAGCAGCAUAAGAAGGGCAUUUAACAUAAAUCUAUUUGAAUUGCACAGUUUUAACAUAAACUUACAAUUGCGUGUUAUAAACACAAUUGCAAGAUAUAAACUCACAGUACUUUUUUUCUUGCAAUUCUGACUUUUUUCUCCGACAAUGGCGAGAUAUAAAAUCCUGACUUUAAAAUUCUGACUUUAUCAAUUCUUAGGAAAAAAAGACUGACCUUUUUCUCAUAAAUUGCAAC